UCUGCUGCUGCUUCUCUUUGGGAGAGGGCGACCCUGGGCUCCUUCUGCCUGCCUUUGGGGCUCCAGGAUGGGCAGCAGCCCCGUGGAGCGUCGCAGAGCCGGCUUGCGGGCGCUGCUCUGGGCCGGGGGAGGCAGCCCUGCCCGGCCGGGAGAAGAGGAGCAGGAGGAUGAGGAGGCUGGGGGCGAGGCCGGCCUGGAGGCGCUGCUGGACCUCCUGCUCUGCGUCUUCCAGGAGUGCAGCGGCGCCCCCUUGCGGAGGGAGAAGAACGUGCAGCACUUCCUCCAAUGGGCCACUCCUUUGGCCACCAAAGCGAAGCAGCUGCUUCUUCGCAGAGAUGACUUCGAGAUCUUGAAGGUGAUUGGCCGAGGGGCGUUUGGAGAGGUGGCGGUGGUCCGGAUGAAGGAGACGGACAAGGUCUACGCCAUGAAGAUACUGCACAAAUGGGAAAUGCUGAAAAGAGCAGAGACGGCUUGUUUCCGGGAGGAGCGCGAUGUUCUCGUUCACGGGGACCAGCAGUGGAUCACCACGUUGCACUACGCCUUCCAAGAUGAGCACUACUUGUACUUAGUCAUGGAUUACUACGCCGGCGGAGACCUGCUCACCCUCCUGAGCAAAUUCGAGGACCGUUUGCCCGAAGAGAUGGCUUGCUUCUACUUGGCCGAAAUGGUCCUGGCCAUCGACUCUCUCCACCAGCUCCAAUACGUCCACAGGGACAUCAAACCGGACAACAUCCUCAUCGACACAAACGGUCACAUCCGUCUGGCUGAUUUCGGAUCCUGCCUCCACCUGCGUCCGGAUGGAACGGUGGUGUCUCCGGUGGCGGUGGGCACCCCGGACUACAUCUCCCCGGAAAUCCUGCAAGCCAUGGAGGACCGGAAAGGGAAGUACGGGCCGGAGUGCGACUGGUGGUCGCUGGGGGUCUGCAUGUACGAACUGCUCUUUGGCGAGACCCCCUUCUACGCCGAGUCCUUGGUGGAGACCUAUGGCAAGAUCAUGAACCACGAAGACCACCUCCAGUUCCCAGCGGAGAUCACCGACGUCUCGGAGGAGGCCAAGUCCCUGAUCCGGAGCCUGCUGUGCCGGCAGGAGCUGCGCCUGGGCCAGAAGGGCAUCCAGGACUUCCAGCGGCACCCCUUCUUCAAGGGCAUCGACUGGGAGAACCUCCGGCACAGCCCCCCACCUUACCUGCCGGAAGUGGCCAGCCCCGCCGACACCUCCAACUUCGACGUGGAUGACGACUCCCUCAAGGAAUCGGAGACCCUUCCUCCGGUCUCUCACGCCGCUUUCUCCGGCCACCACUUGCCCUUCAUUGGGUUUACCUUCACCUCCGGAAGCCUCCUUCCUGAGAACACUUCCAAUGUGGCACAGCUUGAGAAACGGAUCCGCUUCCUGGAACGAGAGAAACUGGAACUCACCCGGAAACUACAAGAUUCUCAGUCGAAAUCCCCUUCCAAGAUGCCCACAAAGGAUAUGGAGAUCAAGAGCCUCCACAAUGAGAUGGCGGCCUUGCGGAAGCAGUUGGCAGACAACCAAAUGGAGAACGACAAAGCGCAAAGGCAGCAACUCGACAAAGCCGCAUCGGGGCAAUUGAAGGCCUUGGACGAGCGGGUGAAGUUCCUGGAGCAAGAGAAAAACGAGGCUUUGCAGGAACUGGCCGAGAUGCAGGAGCAGCUCCGAAUCCAAGGGUGGGAGCUACGGGAUGAGCAGAUGCGGCAAAAGGAGAUGGCGGACGAGCUGCGGGGCGCCGAGGCCAAAUGUGGCGAGUUGCGGGCGCAGCUCUUGCGCCACUCCCGGCAGCUGCGGGAACGGCAGGAGGAGACGGAGGCGGCGGCACGGCGCGUGGAAGGCCUGCGCAAGGAGUUGGCGCGCUCCGAAAGCGGACGCAAAGAGCUGGAGGCUCGGAUGGAAGGCUUGGUGAACGAAGUGUCCAAGCAGCGGAAGGGGAAAGAGAGAGCCGAGCAGCAGUUCCGGCGGCUCAAACACGAACUGGAAGAGUCCAGGCAGAGCAAGCAGACUACGGCCCUCUUCCGUGGGUCAGGAUCCCGGCGGUCGAUGGACGCCUCCUGCAACCCCAAAGAAGAGGCUCGAGGCCUGAGGGAGGCUCUGCGGGUGAAGGACAAGGAGCUGGAAGCCCUGCAAACGGAGCUGGACCACCUCCGGGACCAAGUGGAGACAUCCAGACGGGAAAACGUCGAUCCUAAGAACAAAGCAGGAAGCCGCAGGGCCUUGAACUUGGAGGAUGAGGUGGACCUGCCCUCCCUUGACGCCCUCCGUCUAGACGGAAGCCCUUCGGAGGCGGAUAAAGCAUCCUUUGCCAAUUGGGAGAUGCAGAUUGCGGAUAUUUUGCGCUGGGUGAGCGACGAGAAAGAAUCCCGGGGUUAUCUGCAAGCGAUGGCCAAUCGCAUGACGGAGGAGGUCGAAGCGCUCAAACUGGCAGGGACUCAGAGUCCUGGGCCCAAAACCCCGGACACGCUCUGGAAGGCCCGUCGGCUGCAGAAAGUGGAGGCUUCAGCCAAGUUGGAGUUGCAGUCGGCUCUGGAGGCCGAGAUCCGGGCCAAGCAAAGCGUCCAGGAGGAGCUGGGCAAGCUGAAGGUGGCGCAUUUGGCGGUCGAGCGCCAGUUGCAGGAGGCACAGAAGGAGAACCGGGCGCUGCGCCUGGAAGUGGAGAAGACCAAAGGAGAACUCAAGGCCCAGGCGUUGGAAGGCUCCAAGCACCAAGGACCUCUGAUCCCUUUCCUCUCCUUCCGGAGCUCGAGCAAGGAUGCCAUCGCUUUUGGGGGAUCCUCGGACCCGCAAGAGCCUCGGAAACCCACCGAGGAGGUCCAAAUGCGCAGCGAAGGGAGGCGAAGCUUGCGCACCAACGUCCCAGUAUCCCCAACUCAGACAGGAACGACUACCAUGGAAAACCCAGCAUCCCUGAAGCCCAAAUCGCACGCUUUCAAGACGCACAGCUUCUCCACACCCACCAAAUGCAUGCGAUGCACAUCUCUGUUGGUCGGCUUGGUCCGGCAAGGAUUGUCGUGUGAAGUAUGCAACUUUGUCUGCCACGUUUCCUGUGCUGGAUCGGCCUCCAUUUGCCCCAUGCCUCCAGAGCAGGUCCAAAAAACCUUAGGUGUCAACCCAACCAACGGGACCGGCACGGCCUUUGAGGGUUACCUGUCGGUGCCCAAACCUUCUGGGGUUAAGAAAGGAUGGCAGAAGGCUUUCGUGGUGGUCAGUGACUUCAAGAUUUUCCUCUUUGAUGUCCCGGAAGGGAAAGCAUCCCAAUGCGACGUGGCGGUCAUGCACGUCACGGACAUGAGGGAUGAGCAGUUCUCCGUGAGUCCGGUGCUAGCCUCAGAUGUCAUACAUGCCAGUAGCAAAGAUGUGCCCUGCAUCUUCCGGGUGACGGCAUCUCAGCUGAGCUCCCCUCCGACCACCAGCUCCAUGCUUUUCCUGGCCGACAGCGAAACGGAAAUGCGGAAAUGGGUGCAAGUGUUGACCGAGCUGCACCACAUUUUGCGGGAGAAUCGGCACUGCGACCGCACCGUCUACGUCCUCAAAGAAGCCUACGACAACGGCCUCCCUUUUGUCCCGCAUGCGCUUUCGGCAGCAAUCUUAGACCGGGAGAGGAUCGCGUUGGGUACCGAAGACGGCCUCUUCUUGAUUCAUCUCCGGACAAAUGACGUCCUGCAAGUGGGCGACUGCCGGCGAGUGCAGCUCCUCCUGGUCUCUCCGCAGGCCCAACUGCUCUCAGUGCUCUGCGGCAAGAACCACGGCCUGCGCCUCUUCUCCUGGGCCGAACUGGAGACCCCCGAGGCCCCCGGGUCCAAGCUGGUGGAAGCCAAGGGCUGCCAGGCGGUGGCCGUGGGGCUGGUCUGCCGUGGCACCACCCCGGUGCUCUGUGUGGCCUGCAAGCGCCAGGUCCUCUGCUUCCAGCUGACCGCCACCCGCCCGCCCCACCGCCGCAUCAAGGAGAUCCAGGCUCAGGGCUACGUUCAAUGCUUGGACUUCUUGGGCGACCGACUCUGCGUGGGCUUCCCCGGCGGGUUCUCGCUCUACCCGCUGCUCAACGAAGCCCCCCCAGUCCAUUUGCCCCACCCCGACGACUCUCGGGCCACUGCCGUGGCCCAGAUGGAAGCCCUGAAGGCUGUGGAGGUCAGCCUGAGCGAGCUGAUCCUCUGCUUCAGCGGAUUCGGGCUCUACGUGGAUGGCCAGGGACGCCGGAGCCGGACCCAGGAACUCAUGUGGCCUGCACCUCCUCUUAGCUGCUGUUACAACGCUCCCUAUUUGUCAGUGUUCAGCGAAAACGCAGUGGACGUCUUUGACGCCCGGAAAGCCGAAUGGAUUCAGACCAUCUCACUGAAAAAGGUCCGAGCCCUGAAUCCCGAGGGAUCCCUUUGCACUUUUGGCAGCGAGAAGGUCCGGCUGACUUACCUUAGAAACAAGGCAGCAGACCAGGAUGAGUUUGAAAUCCCCCAGAUGACCGACAACAGCCGACGGCACCUCAUGCGAACGAGGCACAAGCGGCGCUUUUCCUUCCGGAUCACCGAGGAGGAGCGGCAGCACCAGAGGAAGGAGAUGAUGCGUGACCCCCGCCUCCGCUCCAAGCUCAUCUCGGCCCCCAGCAACUUCAACCACUUGGUCCACGUGGGGCCCGGCGAGAGGCAUCACAAGCUGCAAGACCUCCAUGCGGCCCAGGAAGAGAAGAAGCAGGAGGCCCAAGUGCGCAUGCGUUGCAGCAGCCUUUCGGAGACUCGCUGGCCCUUGUCUUCGGGCAGCAACAGCAUUGUCCAGAGGAGCGGAUCUUCUUUUUCUUCAUCCGCUUCUUCUCUAAAGCACAAAUCAGGCAGCUCUAUGUCAGACGACUCCUUCGCAUCUCCACAGGGGCUCUUUUUCGGCGUCGGCGCACGGACAGAGGUUCCGGAUCCGAGGCGCUCUCCUUGCGCGGGAAGCACCAGCUCCACAUGACGAGACCCCGGAACGGAAGCCGGGCCGAUGGGUUUGACCCACAGAGUGAGCUCACCGAAACUCGUCACGAAAGAAAGCGAGAAGGAGCGUUGGAUGCAAAGAAGGAGUGGAAGGAAGCACCAAGGAAUCCAACCCCAUUGCGUCGGUCUCAGGGAACGAAGAAACCUCGCUCCUUCCGAUCCGACAACGUGUCCCUUUCCCCCGGUUUGUCUCUCACUGAACUCAGGAACCCUGCUUUACGCUUUUAGAGGCCUUUCGGUUUACUUUUUCGGUUUUUAAGCUAAGCUAACGGCGGUAAUAUUUUAAAGGAAGGGGCAGAUCGCGGGGUUGCGGUUGCUUGAGCUCCAGAAACGAACUUGACAACAUUCGAAACGAUGAAUUCGGAAUGGCAAGGAAAGAAAUCCCACCGAAACAUUGGGGCGAGGAAUAGGACUGCCUCGGUGGUCCGUUUCGGGUGUGGCAAAGGGAUGGACUAGAUGACCUCCGUGGGUCCCUUCCAACUCUAGGAUUCGAGCGACACGUCCCUCCCUCUCUUGCCAAAGGGCCGCCAGGUCCCACCAGCCUUUCAUUAAAGAGUUAAUUUAUUUGUUGGCUUCCGCAUUGACCAAUAAAACAGGAAAAAAAAUUAAUAAUAAAUAAAAAUGGC